AUGGCAUCAAUGAUCCAACAUCUUGAAAGCAGUCAUAUCGACCCGCUAAGGAUAAGCUUGAAAGAAGAGCACGCCCACUGUUGCAACAUGGAGGCUGAGCCAGAUGGUAAGUCAUGGUACAAUGACAUCAAAAUAUAUUUGGAAAGACGGGAAUAUCCUGAAGGCAUCACAAGUGAACAAAAGAAGACUAUCAGAAGAAUGGCAAAUAGUUUCUUUCUGAACAACGAAGUAUUAUACAAACGAACGCUGGAUCUGGGAUUGCUUCGAUCUGUGGAUGUCGGCGAAGCCAUCAAACUUUUAGAAGAAGUACAUGCUGGGACAUGUAGACCCCAUAUGAAUGGAUUUAUACUAGAAAAGAAGAUUCUAUGA